CUUCUCCCAAUACUUAUGAAGCAACAACAUAUUCGCGAUUCUUUUUUCUAAAAAUUUAACUAAGCCAAAUAAUAAAUACUAGACCGCGAUAGCCAAUCCAGAAGGCAACAAUGUCCAAACGGGCAUUAGAUAAGGAGCAGCUCCAUAAGGCAAAUAAACGCCCAAAGGCAACUCUCGCAUCGAUUUAUUUCCCUAUCUACUCAACCGCAGGCACACAACCAGAUGCCAACUCUAGCACGGCAUUGAGUCGAAUACGGGUGGAGGAUGGAGGAGAGGAGACUAGAAAGAGCUCCAAUUACCCUCACCAGCGUCGGCAACUUUAUCACCAUCAUCCAUUACGAGAGCUCCCUCUUAUACAACGAUCACCCGAAUCGGCACGUGCAAGCAGUGUGCUGCAAGGCGCACUGGAGAACUCGCUGAUUCACUAUAAAACGGCCAAAUCAAUUGGGGCGUGGUCAGAGGAUGAUUUAUUCAAAUGGUAUGAGUGGUACCUCGAGCCGGACAUGAGGCGGCAUGACCCCAGGAGGUGGAGAGAUUGGCAGGAUGACCGGAGGCUCGACGAUGACGGGAAAGCAUUGCAGCAACAGCUGGAGCGGUGGGCUGUCAGAUGCCCGCUUUGCUUUCUUUACCGAGACAUAACCUGCAACAAGCACGUAAUGUCUGAAUGCCAAAGGCCGGCGAAGGAGAUGGCGUGCCUUAUCGAGUCUCGUCUUCGGGAAACACUAGUCGAUAUUCAAGACAGAGGAAUUGGAGGCUACGGAGAGGUUCCGUGGUACGGCGGGUGUUGUUUGCCGCGAUCCCGAUGUCCCAUGUGGGAGAAAACAGACGGAGAGGGCGAGCGGCGUGGGGAUGACAGGGCAUGGCAUCGGAUAGACGAUGAGUGGUGCAGGUUCUACCUAGUGGUAAUACAUGCAGUAUCAGCGAUGUUAACGUUUCAGCUGCCGUCUGGGAUAACUCUUCUACAACAAGUAAAGAUUUGGCAAGAGGGCAGCCGAACCCAGUUUAACAGCAAGCUGGACCUGGACGGGCUAGAAGUGGGCAAAUGGCUCAUGUCGCCGAUGUGGUGGGAUUCGCGGCAGGUGAUGAUUAUGCUGCGGGUGUUUUACCAGCUGGACAUGGCGGUGGAAGAAGCAUGGGUGCUCAAAGCAAUAGAGAGGCGGCAGGUCGAGUUAAACGCAUUAAGCCUGCAGCAGUGGAAUGAUUGGGACUCGACUGUCAACCACGUGGCAGCAGCAGGACGAAACCAGAAGCGGCAUAGAAGGGAGAAGAUGAAGAUGGAUAUUAACUCUGCAGAUGAAGGAUAUAUCAAAGAUGCUCUGUACGAUGCCGCAGAGGAACUAAAGCGCUAUACGGAUAUGGAUUCAUACUGGUGGGCGGUUCAGGCAAGGAUUCAGGAAUGGGGCGAGGGAGCAAUUCAGUGCCAGCUAUGCAGGGCAUAUGCUUGGAGCGAGUUAUGUUAUACACACUCGGCGAGAGUAUGUGAGAUGUGGGUUGAGUCUGAGAGAUUUAGAACGCUUGUGAACAAGCUAUCGGGUCUUGAUGGAGAAGAGAAAGAAGGGACAGAUGCAGAUGCAGACGAGGGCGAAGAUAAAGAGGCAGAUGAAGGCUACGGAACCUGCCAGACAUGCAGGUUCCCAGUGGCAGUAUGCCAACCUAUAUCAAGAGAUGACAGGAAAUCGGGUAGGAGAGAGGCUGAGUGGGGGAGAUGUCGUGGAACAGACGUAUUAAAGCAGACGGUUGCGGCAUUGCUAGUAAUAGCAGGUGGUAAGUUGGGGAAGAUGGUGAUUGACGAGGAGAUGGCUGAAUGGAGGCAGAGCUCGGAGAGUGGCAGAUGGGUUGAUAUGAUGGAGGAAUGGAAGAAAGGGGGGAUUGGGUUUGAGGGAUUGGCAGAUGAAUGGAUACAACAGCAGGUAUCGUGUGGGCGUGGUGGGCAGCCUCGAAUUGUUCGAAUUUUCCUACAGCUGACAGGAGGAUUCAGGCAUGUAAUACAAUAGGAGGAAGAUAGUAUAAUAUAGCGAAUAUGAAGUUGGAGAUGUU